AUCAGUUUAAUGCGUGCUUGUUUAAAAGUAUUUAAAAAAAACUGACCCAAAACCUUUGAACGGUAGAGUAUAUUAAAAAUGUAAAUGUAUAAAGCGAAACAGACACGAAACUACAAAUCUCGUUGACACAAACGGCAUGAGCCCUCUCACUUUCCAUACAAUCCACCGCGGUGUCACAUGACUCCCCCGUGACCAAUCAGACACGUUCAAUGCGUGCCAGCACAUACAUACAUACGUGCCGCUAUAGUAUUCUAGUACACGUUAGCGUUAUUUGAAUGGGAAAAUAGUGUAUAUAAUGUAACAAAACAAUGGUUGAUUGUACCGUUUUCACCUACACUAACGAGGACUUUAUAAGCGAUGUUUGUUGUGGACAGCAGACCAGGUCGAGGUUUGACAUCGCUCUGCGGUCCGGAUGGACAGAGAAGAGAAACGCCGGUCUGUUCCGGUAUCAUCUGGACGAUCUGGAGACGCGGAUCCUCCCCGGUCCGUGUGCCUACAUCGCUCAGCUGAACAUCAUGAGGGGCACCGAGAGACGAAAACCUCAGGAGAUCCUGAGCGUCCGGCAGAACUUUGACCCGAAGCAGUUCAAUUUCAACAAGAUCAACCCAAAAGAGCUGCUGUUUGAGCUACAGAAAGAGUGCGAAAGCUCGUGUGAAGCUAGAUGCCAUCAAAAGGGGUCAAAAAGGAAGUGCAAAGUCAUUAUAAACGUAAGUCCGUUGGAAUUCGGUCACUGUCUGCUCGUGCCAGAACCGGACAGGUGUCACCCACAGAUACUGACAUCUCUGGCGGUCCAGAUGGGGAUAGAAUCGGUUCUGCUGAGCGCUGAUCCAGGAUUCAGAGUCGGUUUUAACAGCCUGGGUGGUUUUGCUUCAGUCAACCAUCUCCAUCUUCACGGCUACUACCUAAACCACCAACUGAGGAUUGAAACCUCCCCAGCAGAACCGAUCCUGCCUAAAAAAAAUGUGUAUCGCCUUCUGGAUUUCCCAGGAGGCUUUCUGUUCUACACCCAGGGUUCAAACCUGGAUCUGACAGUCAAUGCAGUUUGUAGUCUCACUGAUAUUCUGGUUGAUAGGAACAUCGCACACAACCUUUUCAUCACCCGAGGUUGCCCUCCACGGAGGGAGCUUGACCCGUCUGUGUCCCGGAAUGGGGUGAGGGUUAUCAUAUGGCCCCGGCUGUCCUGUUUUGGGGCCAAAGAAGAGUCAGCCUUCAACGUUGCCCUGUGUGAGCUCGCCGGACAUCUUCCUUUCAAAAACAGAGAAGACUAUGAGACAGUCACUGAGGACGGAGUCAAAGACAUCGUCCGGAAAUAUCUGCUGCCCCAAGAAAAGUUCAGUGAAUUGCAAAAGCAUGUCAUGAAAUGUUUAUAAAUUACACUUCUGAGCACAGAUCAAAAUAUCUCGUCUCAAAAUAAGGGUUUCAGAAUACCUAAUAAAUGUUGAUGUAUUAGAAAUGAAGUGCUGCUUAGAUCAACCAUUCAUACAGUAUUAUGUGUGGAAACGAAAUAUAUAUACAUACAUAUAUGUGUGUGUAUAUGCAUAUUAUAGUAUUAUAUAGUUGGUGUAAAAAUAAUUUCCUAAUUGUUUUUAUUUCAUAUAUGUAUAAUGUAUGUUUUUAUUUCAUAUGUAUGUGGAGCAGAAUAUCUUAUAUGUAUAUGCCAUGUGGUGUAAAAAUACCAUUAAUGUAAAAUAACAAUAACAAAAAAUACAAUUGAA